AUGGCGAGUUACCUCGAUGGCAUACAGGGCAAGACGUUCUACAGGAUCAUGAGUGCAGCUUGUGGUUCUGCUUUCAUGCUUUACGGUAUCCAGGAGACUCCUCAAUUUCGUGCAGCAAUUGGAAACCCACAGGGAGCUUUCAUCAUUCCCGUCAUCGCCUCCAUCUACAAUCUUGCUGCGGGAAUUAUGUCUCUCUGUGUCAGUUUUCACGGUAUGCAGAUUGGCAGAAAAGGUACCAUUCUGCUCGGAUGCUUGCUCAUCUGCAUUGGUGCGCUGCUGCAAGCUUCGACAUACUCUGUUGGACAGAUUAUUGUCGGCCGUAUCGUUACCGGAGCUGUCUUGCUGUUCAUGCUGCCCGAUGCUCCAAGAUGGUACUAUGCCAGAGGUCAUGAAGCUCGUGGCGACAAAGUUCUGGCUCGUCUACACGCAUUGCCUGUCGCACACGAGUCGGUGCAGGCUGUUAAAGCGGAUAUCAUGGCAUCGCUCGAGGAAGAAGAUGACACUGGCAAGAUCAGCAUAGUCACUCUGUUCUGGGAUAACACUGAGCUGCAGUUCGGUCAUCGUUUGCGUACAUCUAAAUCCUCUGUCGGUAUUAACUGGGCUGCUGUCGCGAUCAUCAUUCUCUACGAAGUGGUCUUUGCGUUCGGCUGGCUAGGUACUUGCUGGGUGUAUGGUCCGGAAAUCGCUCCUCUGAAGUAUCGUCACGUUGCUGGCAGUCUUGGAGCUGCAGGUGAAUGGUUCUCUACUUUCGUCAUGGUCUUCGGAGGUGGCACUGGUAUCAACGCUGUCGGGCCCAAGAUCUUCAUCUGGCCUCUGCUGUGUUGCUUCCUUGCUGCAGCCUAUGUUUACUUCUUGUGCCCUGAGAAGAUCGAUGCUCUGUUCGCUCGUUCCCCCGAAGUACGCGAGAGACUGGAGCGUGAUAUUGCCGCAUGCAGAGCAGGAGGCAUGCCACCAAGCAUGAAGCUCUCGCCACGCGACUCGAGCGACAUGUCAAAGAUGGAUAUAUCGACCGUCGAGAAGAUUUGA